CAGUAAGAGGGUUGGAGGGAAAAUAAACUGUUUCUAUUGUCUUCUAUGAUUAUCUUUUUCAUAUCCUCACUCAACCUUUCACCUAAAAUGGCGGCGCCCAUGCAGGUGCUCAGAGGCUGAGGGAGUUUGUCUAAAACUUCAGGGUUUGUUUUAACUACACAAAAUGUCCAAACUCUCCAGAGCCACUAGAGUUGUGAAGAAGGUGGACCCCGGAACCGUGAUCAGGGCCAUUGUGCGUUCUGGUCAGGCAGCCCCAGGACCCCCACUUGGCCCAACGCUCGGUCAGCGGGGGAUUCCUAUUGGUCAGUUCUGUAAGGAGUUCAACGAGAGGACAAAAGAUAUGAAGGAAGGGAUACCACUGCCCAUCAAGAUCUUUGUCAACCCCGACCGGACCUAUGAGCUGAAAAUCAACAUGCCCACGGUGUCAUACUUCCUGAAGGCUGCAGCCGGCAUUGAGAAGGGGGCUGGAAGGACGGGUCACGAGGUCGCUGGCAUGGUGACGGUGAAACAUAUCUAUGAAAUUGCCAAGGUGAAGUCACAGGACGAGAGCUUUCUCCUGCAGGACAUGUCGCUGGAGAACGUGUGUAAGGGUUUGAUCGGUUGUGCCAAGUCCCUCGGGAUCAAAGUGGUUCGAGACCUCUCUUCCGAGGACUAUGCCAGGUUUCGUGAGGAGAGGGAGGAGCAGCUGAGGGCAGAGGCUGCCUCCCUCGAUGCAGCAGCCAGCAAGAAGAAAUAAUCCAUCGGGUGAAACUCAUCCUCACCCGAUCCACAACCAGAAACCAACCCCGCACCCCACUCUCCCCCUCCCCUCCCCUCCCCUUUCAGUCCCCCUGCCCUCCCUCCUGCCCUCCCUCUCUCCUCUCCCUCACUCCCUCGGGUUGACACUCUGUGGUUGAUGACGAAGGGUGAGACUAUUAUCCCGAGAGCCCCUCUCACAGCCGAGCAGCUUCCAGACUCCAGCUUCUUUCGGUUUCCAGACGGCCGGGGAGACGCAGGCCGUGGGACUGGGGUCCAGGCGCUGGGAGUGUAAGGGGAGGGGGUC